AUGCAGUCGCACUUCAAAGGCUUUAUGACCAAUCAGACGCUGCACUUUUUCGAGAGUCUGCGCAACGACUGCAUUCGCAUCGAAGAGGGCAUGAAGGACUCUGAGAAGGAAGUCCUCCGCAAGGAGGACGAGGCCUAUCUCAACCAGCGCCACGACGCCGAGCUGGUGCAUCUCAAGAAGCUGCAGCAGGGUGAGUUCCAGCAGCUCAAAGAUACCUUCCAGCGGCUGAUUGCCGCCCGCGAUGCGCGGAAGAAAGCCAAGAAGAUCCAGCGCCAGACCGUCCGCGACAUGAAGCGCAGAGACAAGACUAUCAUGGACCAGGACGCAGCCUCCAAGGAAGCCGCCCGGGUCAAGUGGACCCUGACCGAGAAGCGCAACAUGUUCGAUGCCAUGACAGCACACAUGGUGAACAAGCACGACAAGCAGCGCCGCCAGCUCGCUAUGGCACAGGAGCGCAAGAUCCAGUACGAGCGGGUGCUUGAUGAGAUGCAGAAUGUACAUGAGCGAGUCGAGGUCCGGCGGACGAUGCAGAAAAAGUUCCUCGUGCGCAUGAACCAUCAAAGCGCUGCAGACAAGCGAGUUUCAGACCAGCUACAAGAAAUCCAGCAACUUGAGCUGAAACAUGCCAAGGAACGCUUCGACCUCGAGUUCCAGUCUUACGAAGAUUUGCAGGCCACCAAGGCUCAGCAAGUACUUGCCAUGUCUGAGCUCAUCGCCGGACAGACGAUCGAGUUGCAUUUCGAGAAGGAGCGUCUGGUCGCUCAGCGCGAGUUGGCAAAACUAGCCCUGCUCGAGGCCCAGCACAUCGCCGAAUGCAAGAAAAUGACAAAAUCACACAGGAUCCAACUCAAGGCCCUUCGUGGCCAGCAGGAAGCCCGCGAUAUUGAUGCACAUUCCGAUAACAAGAGCGACGGAGGAAAGAGCGAUGUCUCGUCCGUGGCCUCUGCUACAAUGAUCAAGUCUGUUUUGGCCCCGGUUGUGGCUACCGGUGCUGCCGGUACUGCCGGUGUCGCUGGUGUCGCUGGUGUCGCUGGUGUUGCUGGCGUUGCUGGUCCCCUCGAGAACACUACAAAGGAAGAAGACUCGGACGAUGAACGCAACGAUAUCGAGGCGGACCCAGACAACAAGAGCGCCUCCACCAUAAUUCGGCUCAUCAAGAAACACGAACAGGCCCGUGACUCUACUUUGGAGAUCCACAAGGCGGAGCUCGAGAAACUCGAGAGCAGCAUCCAAGAUCGUACUCUCCAGCUUGAGGCGUCGCAGCAGCUCGAGAUGAAGGAGUUGUUGGAGACUCACGAAAACGAGCUGCAGGCCCUGUACUCCCUUCAGGAGAAGGAGAUCCAGAUGGAAGCCUCUGUUCAUGAUGCCGAGGCCAAGAUGCUUGUUGAGAGACGGGUUCUCAACUCUGUGCUCGACACCGUCAUCAACGGCAUCAUCAACAUUGAUCCGUCUGGAAUCAUCGUGCGGUUCAACAGUGCGGCAGAGAGCAUGUUUGGCUAUACUGCCGAUGAAGUCAUUGGUCUUAACGUCAAGAUCCUGCAGUCACCGGAGAUCGCUGCUGUCCACGACACCUUCUUGACAAACUACCUGACCACGGGCAUCAAGAAAAUCAUCGGCUAUGGACGAAGGGCAUUCGGCCUCAAGAAAGACGGUACAAUGUUCCCAGUCCAUAUUUCAGUCUCGGAGGUGUUGGAGGACGGAGCCCAUCUAUUUACGGGCAUUGUCCGAGACUUGACUGAAGAAGUCCGUCUCGAAGAGUUUAGAAAAGCCACGGACAUGCAGAAGCAGGCUGAAAUCGAGAAACUGAUCAAGCAGGUUGACAUUUCCAAAGCCAAGUCCGACGCCCUGUUGUCGCAGAUGCUCCCGGCCGACAUCCAGAAGCAGCUGGUCGCGGGCAAUCAGAUUAUACCCGAGCCAUUCGAUUCGUGCACCAUUCUCUUCUCGAACAUCGUCGGGUACGCCGAUGUUUGCGCACAGAGCACGGCCCUGGAGAUGGUGGAUCUGCUCAACGGAUUGUACACGUUGUUUGAUGGAGUUAUCAGCCAGCAUGACGCCUACAAAGUCGAGACCAUCAACGACAGCUACGUCGUUGCCUCGGGACUGCCGAUGCGCAACGGGCAAAUGCAUCCGUGUGAAAUCGCCAAUCUGGCGCUGAAUCUCCUCGCCGCAGCGCUCAACUUCACGCUGCCAGGCCGACCUGAUUUCCGGCUCAAGAUCCAGAUCGGCAUCAACACGGGGCCAGUGGUGGCAGGAGUGGUCGGGCUCAAGAUGCCUCGAUACUGUUUGUUUGGAGACACCAUGAAUGUUGCCUCCCGGAUGAUGUCGUCGGGCGAUCCGAUGCGCAUUCAAAUCAGCGAAGCGACAUACCAGGCACUCAAGAGGAACGGUGGAUACGAGCUGGUGUGUCGAGGUGAAACCAAGGUCAAGGGCAAGGGUAUCAUGACAACAUAUUGGCUGGUUGGCAAGGAGGACAUGCCACUAAGGCUGCCUGAGGAGACGGCCUGUCUGUCGGCUGCCAAUCACCACCGCGCACAGUCGACCAGCAACCUGAGUCAAUAGGUGGCCCUUUCUCCAGAUGGGUGGUGCAUUUCCUUCCCAAAUAUCGUUCCCCUCCCCUCCCUCACAGUCAAACAUCGAUUGCCAUGUAUCCGGCCUGUGCGAGUUGUUGUGCGCUUAGAUAUAUUUUUGAGCAGAUUGUUGG